AUGGCGACCACUGCCAUGGCGUCCUCUCUGGUUAGGUCCACUCGCGAUUGCAUUCCCGAGGAGCCCAGCGUUUCUUCCGUCGCCCCUUCUCUCACCUACUCGGAAGAGUCAGAGGACCAAGACGAAGAGCCCCAAGCCGAGCCCCCGCGCAGACGGCGCGCUUCGACGCGGCUGAUUGCACAGAGCCCCGCCGACAUCCAACGCAUCACUGGCGAAUCAACAGCCCAGUUGAUCCAGAGAUGCUGCGGUGGCGGCUGCUGCAUGAAGCUGGGGGCCAAGAAGGAGGGCCUCGAGUACGAGAGCAUCCCCUUGCCCGACAACGACGCAUACAAGUCACUCGCUCUCAAGAUUGGCGACAUCCCCACAAAGUUGACCAACAUUGCCGACUUGCCCGAGCAGACCGUCUUCUUCGAGCCAGUGCCUCGGCCCGCCGCGGCCACCUCCUCCCCCACAGACUCUGCCAUAUCGCUGGGCGCCGACGCUCGCGAGAACAAGGACGCCGAUCUCGCCACCGUCCAGGACCGACUCAAGGACUUCACCCUUGACAACACCGACACCGCCAAGGAACCCCCCCGAUAUGUGCAGCCGCACCCCCCGUACCACGUCUACGCCGCCCGAAUCGACUCGGCUCGCGAGCUGACGAAGCCCGGCGCCGAAAAGCGCACUUACCACUUUGACCUCGACAUCACAAGCUACCCGGGCGGGGAGGACAUGGACUUCAGAGUCGGUGGUGCCAUUGGGGUCACGGCCCCCAAUGACAGUGCCCGCGUCGAUGACGUUUUCGACGCGCUCAUGGUGCCUCGGUUCCUGCGGGACAAGCCGGUUCUCCUCAAGACCACCAAGGGCCGAUGGCCGACCGUGUGGGGCGACGACCAGGCCCGCGAGCUGCUCCUGCGCAUCCUCGCCGAGUACGCCGAGGACCCCAACGAGAAGAAGCUCUUGACGUUCCUCUGCUCCGCCGAGGGCCAGGGCGUCUUCUGCGACUUCCGCACCGGACCCCACGUCUCCUUAUCUCAGCUGUUGCACGCAUUCCCCAGCUCCCACCCUCCCAUGGACCUGCUGCUUUCUGCUCUGCAGACGUUGAUGCCGCGUUUCUACUCCCUCUCCAACGACCCCCACGACGCCUACAAGACCCGCGACGGCAAGGUGCACCGGUUGGUCGAGAUUGCCGUCACAGUUCAUGAGACUGCUGACUGGCGUGGUGGUCUCCGCACCGGUAUCGGGUCCGGCUUCUUCGAACGCCAGGCCCAGAAGUGGCUCGAGGCCAAGCGCAGCGGAGAGACCCCCGAGAUCUACAUCCCCAUGUUCAAGGGCCUCAUGGCCAACCCUCUUGCCAAGCAGUUCGUCUCGGACGGUCCCAUGCUGCUGAUUGGUGCUGGUGUCGGCAUUGCCCCGUUUAGAGGCUUUGUCCAGCGUCGCCUGAAGACGGCCAACUGCGCAAACAAGGUCUGGGUUCUCCAAGGCAUCCGCGACUCGCUCGUCGACGAGAUCUACAGCGGCGAGUGGGGCGUACACGAGGACGAGGUCAAGCGCGUCGUGCAAAGCCGUCGCGGCGAGAGUCGUUACGUCCAAGAGGAGGUGCGCAACCAAGCCGACCUCGUAUGGUACAUUGCCAACGCUGUCGAUGGUCGCGUCUUUGUGUGCGGGAGCACCAAGGGCAUGGGCGAGGGUGUUGAGGAGGCCCUCGUCGAUGUCGCCAUGCAGAAGGGCAACCUCGAGCGCGAGGAAGCCAAGAAGUACUGGGACCUCAAGAAGGAGGCCGGCCAGUACAUCGCCGAGACGUGGUAG